AUGUCCCAAGUGCUGGCCAGGUGCCAGAAAGACUCAUCCUUUGCCAGGUCAGCUGGCGAUUUCUCGGAUGGCUGUGGUGGCACAGCUGGGGCCUGUCCUGCUGGCAUGUUGGGUGGUUGUGGCAUGCCACCCUGCUCCGUCCUCCUCACUCGCCCCUGCGCCGACACAUGUUGGUUCUCAUCGUCGCCCAGGGAGACCAAAUCCUCCGAUGCCUCUGAGUGCGAGGGGAUAAACUCGCUCCCGUUCUGGGAGUUUUCAGACCCCUCCUCGCCCCCAUUCACACACACAGGCGUAGGAGUGGAACUCCCCUCCCGCGUGUCCCUCCUCUUCCCCCUCUGCCUCCACGGGGGAUCGCGGGGAGUACGCCAGCGCUGCCGCCUCUCGCGCUCUCCUGUGCAGGCCUUAAACCCCGACCGGCCGGCACCCAGGGAGUCGCCAUUGUCGCUCGUCCUGCCCCCGACGGCCUGCCCCACACAAUUCCCCGGCCUCUCGUCGAGCUCCGUGUUUCCCGGUGAGUUGCUUGCUGGGUCGUGGGUGAUCCUUCCGUUGGUUGCUGCAUCCUGCUUGGCUGCUCGGUUCCCCGAUGUGCACGGUCAGCUGCCUCCGUGUUACCCCUCCCGCCGGUUCCCAUUGCAGGCUGUGGUGCGGAUGACAACAAACGCGCUUGCUCUGGUGGCGACUGCCCUUGCCGAAGCCAGCCCAGGAGGGGUCCCGGGACCCCAGCCGCGCUCCCGCAUGUUUACGGCCGCGGCAGCAGCAGACAUUCCGGAGGACUCAGCGGCAGUCGGCGCAAACGGUUCGUUCGGGGGUUGUUCUGGUUGCCUCGCUGCCUCAGCUACGACCGCCGCAAUCUCCACCUCCCCGAGAGGUGACGGGGACACCGCCACCAAUGGCGCCGGUGAAUCAGCCGACCCAUGCUCCACAUGCGCCUCCUCCGCAGCCACAACCUCGUCCGCUGGUGGCGCCGUCGGCCCCGCAGCGGGCGCGGUUGAGUCGUCGUCAGAGGCGGCUACAGGCACAGCAGCAGGCGAGUGCGCCUCCCGCCCCAUCCCCGUCGGAUCCGCCUCUGCCGCAGCACCCUGCUCCCCCCGCCGCGUCAAACCUGACCUCGCAGCAGCGACAUCCCCCCGUAAAUCAGUUUCCUCUGCCCCGGCCUCAACUGCGUCAGCCGCCGGCUCCUCCUGCGCCGCCAAACCCUCCUGUCCCGCCUGCUCCUCUUGCUGCCGCUCCUGCAGGCGCGCUGCCUCCCCUCGUUGA